CAGGUACUGGAAACUCCUCGGCGCCAUCUUCUUUAGGCUGUUGCCUGUGGCGUAGCUCAUUCUACUUUCUGAUUCUGUUACUCCUGUAUCUGGACUCGCUGGCUGUGAGAUUUUAAUAUUGAGGUGUAUCUUACCUUUUGGGCAACCUUAAGAGGCAGGUGAGUCAGAACUUCAGAGGAGAGUGUCUGCACCCCACUGACUCUGCAGAUUACCUUUUCAUGUAAUUUGAAGCCAUCAGCCAGAUCUCUGAAAACAGACUGUUGCUUCAAUCAGUAAUAAUCCUGUCAUACAUCAUGAUGUUUCCCUUGGCCAGAUAUGCACUAAACUAUCUCAAGACUCCAAGCAUUCUGAAAGUUGUGGGAAGACAGAACCACUCAAAGUCCCCACCAGACUUUCAUGACAAGUUUGGCAAUAUGAUGCUAAUUAGUGGGACCACUUUCUGUUUUGCUGGGUAUGCAAUUUAUAUGACACAGAUGGGAGUGGAGUGGAACCUGUCUCCUGUUGGCAGAGUUACCCCAAAAGAGUGGAAGAAUAAGUAACCAUCUUAGAUUCAAUAAUGCAGAAUUGUCUCAAAACAAACCUGUCAUGGAAAUGUUCUUCUGUUCAUUAAAAUAUAGCAUAACAAAAGAAAUAAAAUUCAUUCAAAAGAACUAACAAGUUGUUGAAAAUUAUCAUUUAGUUCCUGAAAGCAGUACACUAGCAGU